AUGGAUAAAGCAAUCAGGAGUCUUUUCUCUGGUGCGGAACCCCAGAAGCCAGCAGAGGGUAGUGCUUCUAGCGCUCAAACUGCUAGUCCUUCUACUCCCACCCUGCCCAUGAAGAAGGACGGUACUGUUCAUGUGACUAAUAUGCGCAAGAAAGUUGUUGAGCUUGGGCAUAAGGUGGACACAGAGGAUGAACUAGGUGCUGAGGCCUGA